UUAUAAAUUAUUUAAUAUAUUGAUAGAAGCAAUUUAUAAGCAUUAUUAAAUAAAAAUAAAUUAUGGAGUUGCAGUUAUCUAGGGUCGAUUAUACUGUGAUUGGUGUAACAACAAAGAACUGUUUAAAAUUACUGCCAUCUAAUAAUUUAAAAGAACAACAAAAGGUGGCAGUGGCGGAUAGUGAGGGAAUUUUACAAGUUUUCUCAAUUAAAAAAGAUGACAUACAGUUGCAUUUUAAAACUUUGCCAGGCCCAGCUAUUGCGUCUUUACAAACUGCAGGAACAGCAGGUACAGCACAUGAUAAAAUAUUUAUUGCUUGUGGCAAUGAAGUCAAAGGCUACACAAAAAAAGGAAAAUUAUUUUUGGUUUUUGAUUCAGGAAUGACUGAAACAAUAAAUACCAUGUUUGUCUUGGGUAACGAGUUAUUUCUAUGUGGAAAACAUGUUUACAGCCAUUUCAGAGAUUGUAAGGACGUAGGAUCAUAUUUGUGUGGAGAUACAAUUGUUGACGUUAUAGCUUUCUAUAUGACAAAAACAAAAAGACUGACGUCUUUGAUAGCAUGCGAAGGGAGGAUGAUCAGAGUGCUAGAGCACGCAAGGGUAACCUGCAGCAUGGAAGUUGAAAAUUCUCCAACUAUUCUGCAGAUUUUCGAAGACGACGAUUCCAAAACAGUUUUGUUCGGCACUAUAGAUGGCAAAGUGGGGAUCUUGGACGUUGAGAAUUUACAGGGUUUUCAAAGAUGGUUAAUAUCGAAUGAAAAAAAUUCUAGCGCCAUUUCUUGUAUGGAUACUUACGACAUGACAGGAAACGGAACCAAGAAUCUUAUACUGGGCCGACAAGAUGGCAACAUUGAGGUUUAUUAUGUCAAUGUACACGAUGCGAUGGACGCGACUUAUAUAAUUUUUGUAGAGAGUGGAAAUGAGAGCAUUACAUCUCUAAAAUGCGGUAUAGUUUCCGCUGCAGGAUACGACGAAAUUUUAGUGGUAACAUACAGCGGACGGAUAUUCGGACUGACCACGCAAGUGACCGAUGUCAACUUUGACGGUUCGACCGGAAGUUACGUGUUUUCAUCGGACACUUCGACAAAGAUCAACAAACUGAAAAGUGAAAUUGAGGAGCUGAUGUCCAAAUUAUCUAAGGAGAGAGAAAAAUAUCAGACUUCUACAGAAAGUACCGGUUUGAUGGAACUGUCAGCAAUACCGCCAAUUUCAAUCAAUUCUUCAUUAGCAUUGGAUAGAAAGUCUGCAACGUAUUUUCUAACAUUGGAAGCACCAACGGCAAUCGACAAUAUUUUAAUACAGUGUAACUCCAAAGUUGAACUUCUGGAUGUAGAGAAAAAUACAGCAGUGGUCAGUUACAGCCAACCAUACAAUGCAACAAAAGGUAACGCUCAGUUACUGGCCACUUACCGUUGUCAAGUGAAUACCAAUCGGAUUGAAUUGAAGAUUCAAACAUCCGAAGGAGAAAAAGCGGUGUUGCAAGCCUACGUAUCGCCAGUUCUGCAGCCAAAGUGCAGCAGGCUAUUGCAGUUUGACAUUAAAGCUCUAUCGUUGCAUUAUAGGAUACACGAGUAUGACGAUAAUAACAGACCUUAUAGUAGUUUAAAACUGAGAGGAACUUUCAGUCUGGCUGAAAUACACAACUGGGUUGGGCAAUGUCUGCCAGAAGUUCCUGAAAAACAUCUCUUUUCAGACGAGACCAUCCUAUAUUUUCAGUGCAGUUUGAUAGACACAGUUUUAAUAUGUACAUACAAAAAAGGAGAAGCUGAUUUUCAGUCAGACAAUUUGACAACGUUGUGCAUUUUAAAAGAAGUGCUAACCGUAGAAGCAACCAAAAAGAAAACAAAAAUUGAUAUAGCAAUUAAUAUAAAUGAUCAGUGUUUAGAUCACGUGAUCAAGAAGAUCGAACCAAAGCUAUUGGAACAUAAGAAAUUGAUAAAAGAUAAAAACUUGUUUGAUGCCCUCAACGAAUUGGAGAUCAGUGAAGAAGAAAAUGUCAAAUAUCUUUCACCAAAGUAUAAAAAUUUGUUGGAGAGGAAAAAUACACUAGUAGGCCAUUUUAACAGUUUUCCUGAUUAUUUAUCCAGAUUAUAUGAUGCGAUCCUCAACUUGUAUAAGGAUUAUAACAAGCUAAAAGGAAUUCAAGUCACAAGAACUAAAGUUAUGGAGAUAGAGGAGUGCUUGCAAAACUAUUCCUACGCUUCUUUAAUUAGUUUGUUUAAGCCUUGUUAAAUGUCAAGCAACAGUAAGAAUA